AUGUUAGCAGCUUUUUUUCUACUGAUUAUUGUGGAUGCGCGUAACCCGCUGCUUUUUCGAAGCAAAGAUCUUGAUGCGUACGUGAAAGAAGUUGACGCUGCGAAGCAGAUCCUUUUGCUUGUCAAUAAGGCUGAUCUUCUGGAAGAGUACCAUCUUGCUCAAUGGGCAAACUACUUCACCGAGAACAAAAUAAAUGCGGUUUUUUGGUCUGCGCUGGAGGAGACUACUCCUGACGAGGAUCACAUGGAAUGUGACUCGAUGCCAUCCACUGCAACGUCGGUGAAUGGGCAAAUGUACCUGAGAACACGCGAACAGAUGAUACAGUACUUGAAAGACAUUGGCCAUGCUUCUGACACGCCUGGUGCUAAACCAGUAGUCGUUGGAAUGGUGGGAUAUCCGAAUGUUGGCAAAAGCUCGACCAUAAAUAAACUGGCUGGAGAGAAAAAGGUGUCAGUUUCUGCUACACCGGGUAAAACGAGACAUUUCCAAACCAUACACAUAGAUAGCCAGCUUUGUUUAUGCGACUGCCCCGGACUUGUAAUGCCAUCAUUCACCUUUGGAAGAAACGAGAUGUUUUUGAAUGGUCAGUUCUCGCCUAUUAUUUCGUUUUUAUUUCUGUGGAACUACAUAGUUUAA